CGCCGAAAAUUUGUUUCCGUCUUGCCUCUAAAAAUGUAUAUAUGUACAUAUAUAUGUACCUAUGCAUAUUUUUUGUGAUAUUGUGAAUUCAUACAUUUAUUAAGCAAAGAUAAUCCUGAACAAUGAAAUAUUUUAAACCUACUUCACCAAAAGGUGAACCAAUAAAGUCGAUAAUAUUUUGGCUUUUUAAGUUUAACUGGGUUUGGCCUCUAGACUAUAAGAGUUCCUGGAUCUUUGUUAUUUUGGUCAACUGUUUGGCUUUGACAUUUCUUUCUUGUGUUUUUGUUACUAUUUACGCAGAAUAUUUAUAUAUAAAUGCUAAUCAAGACGAUAUAAAUAAAGUCGCCCAGUGUUUGUGUGGAUUUAUAUUUGGAAUAUUAGUUAUUAUAAAAAUUCUUCACUUGGUAUCUAAUCGAGACCAAAUGAGGCGUGUGUUGCACACAUUUUACGCUGAGAUUUACAUUCACAACGUACUAAAAAAAAAUUAAAUAAUAUAGGUCGGAGAAUGAGGAACUAUACAAGGAAUGUGAGAGAAGUCUACGUUUGGUUUAUUUCAUGUCUUCGACUUUUUUUCUCACCACGUUUUCACAGUUUUUAAGUUUGGGAAUAGCAAUAGCAAGAGAUCCAACAUCAACAUCGAAACCAUAUUUAGUUAAUAUGCAAUUUCCUUAUAAUGCCCAGGAACCAUGGAAAUAUGCAUUGACUAUAAUGUAUACAGGAUGGGCAGCAUUCUCAGUAGUCUCUAUUACCUCAGCUGAGGAUUGCUUGAUUGGUAGUACACUUUCUAAUUGUACAAUACGAUAUAAAAUGUUGCAUGAUGAUCUUAGUAAGCUCUACGAAAACUCAUUGAAAACCUUACAAAGUAAGCCAAAAUCGAAGUUUUAUCGAAAUAACCAACUGCAUGAGAUAUUUCAUCAAAAAUUAUGUACCAUCAUAAUGAAACAACAAAUUCUCGACAGAUUCCUUCAAGACCUUCGAUCAUUUCUUAGCCUACCAAUAUUCGUCGUUGUUUUGUUUGGAAUCUUUCUUCUUUGUACUGUGGCAUUUCAAUUGCAAAAGAAUGGAAUUAGCGUUGAUACACUUGAGUAUUUUUUCUGGCUUUUAGCUCAAUGCCUAGAGUUUUUCGUUAUUGGUAAAUUUGGCCAGAGCUGCACAGACGCAUCGGCUGCAAUGGCAAAUGCAUACUACUCGUGUAACUGGGAAUCGCUUCUUAGCCAUGGUAACGCUGUGGAUAACGUUAAACUGAUUAAAAAUAUAAGUUUUCUGGUUUUUCGAGCUCAAAAGUCAGUUCAUCUUGAUGGAAUGAAUUUUAUGAUUUUAUCACUAGACAGUAUCGGAUCUGCGAUGAGCUCUUCUGUAUCGUACUUUAUGUUCCUCAGUACUAUGGAAGAUAUUUCAAAUGUUAAAAACGAAAAUUAGUAGACAUUUAGUAUGUGUAAUAUUAAAUAUGCAGCCACAAACCGAUUAAUAAAUAAUCCCAUACCAGACAGUCUCUACUGGGAAAAUAAGGGUUUUCUGUAAUCAUUGCACUUGCAAAAUCUUAAUUAUCUAAAGAUUUUAUACUUGAAACAAUAAAACUAAUAAAUAUCUUGAAUGAAAGCACACAAAUACAAAAAAAACAAA